AAUCAGCAGCAGCAUCAACAGAAGAUGAGAUUAAUAGUGGUGGUGGUGAUGAAAUUGCAAGAAUCGCCAAGGAUCGACGCCGUUAAGCUUCCCCCGCUCUGAUACCAUAGUAAUAUAGAAUAACGGAAGAAAGAGAUCAGUUAAAUCAAGCUAAUCUUGAACUAUCAACUUUGGUUAAUAGAAUGACGGAUCACCUGAACCAAGCUCAUCUUGAAGGAAUGAGAAGAAUGCAGGGGAUUAUGAAUGAGAAUGAGAUAUUGAAAAGAGAGUUCAGAAAUCAAAGGCGAGAACUUGAGCAGCAACAUAAGGAAAUCGAGAAGCAUGAGGCCCAAUUGGAUCUCAAAUGCAAGCAACUGGUUGUUUUAAGAGAAGAGGUGGAGGAUAUGUGCAAAAGACUGGAAGAGAAAGAUUAUGAGUUGGAUGGUUUCAUGAACAUGAAUAACACCCUUAUUGCCAAAGAGCGCAUAAGUAACCACGAGCUAGAGGAGGCACGCAAAGUCCUAAUCGAGGGGUUGGAUGGGUUUGCAAAUAUACGUUCGCGUCCUCCUGUUGGGAUAAAGCGGAUGGGGGAGCUGAAUGAGAAACCAUUUCAAGAUAUUUGCAUUGAGAAGUUCCCGACUACAGAAUGGGAAACAAAAUCCAGUUCAAUGCCAGCGGAAGAUAUCCAGUUCGCGAGCUUUGGAAUUUCAAGGAAGGAAGCCAAGCCAGCUUAAAGGAAGUAAUGGAGUACGUUUUACAAAGAUUGAAAGCUCUUAAGAGUGUUAAACGCCGAAAUUACAGCUGUUUCUGAUCAGUUAUCUCUCAUUUGUGACCGGCCCAAGUGAAAUACAUGACUGAUAUUUUUCAAAAAGGUUUCUUAACUUGUUACAUUCUAGCGCAACUAAUUUGUUCCUAGUUGAGGGUGCGAAACACAACAUCUGUAAUGUCGAAGGAAGAUUUAUACAGACCCGGGAUUACAUUUUGGAUUGAACUAUAAUCUAUGCUCUUGUAGAUUAAUUAUCAAUGCACUCAUCAA